CUGAAAUACCGCUUCUAGCCUUGCCUGCUACUGUUGUAGGCUUCUUUUCCUUCGAGCUUAACACCCGAAUUACGCCAUUCAAAUUCGGAGUCACCCGUUUCAUGCACACAAAUGGCGUCUAUAACCCCCAGAGCAUCUGGCUUUUGGCAAGACCGCAUGUCGUAUUUUGAUGACGAUGACGACUUAGAGGACCAACGGUUGAUAGAAAACGAAGACGACGACGAGGACGAUGGAAGGACAAGACUGGAUAAAACAAUUGAUAGAAUCGGAAUGGGAAGUUACCAAUGGACUCUACUCUCACUAUGCGGGUUGGGUGUGUUCAGGUCUUGUCCGCCCUUUCUUUAAUAUUAAACUCUCAAAUUAGGAUGGAUGGCUGAUAAUAUGUGGAUCCAAACUGUUGCGAUUAUUCUUCCUCGUGUGCAGUACCAUUACUCUGUGUCCGACAGUCUCAUCGGUACACUUUCUUCCUCAAUGUUCGCUGGAAUGAUGGUCGGUGCUGUCGGGUGGGGGACUUGUUCUGACCUCAUUGGGCGCAGCGCAGCAUUCAACGCUACCUUAUUCUUCACCUCUGUAUUCGGGCUUCUCGCAACGUUCACCACAUCCUUCGCAGGGUUAUGUGUCACCCUCUUCUUCUUGGGAAGUUCUGUCGGGGGCUCUAUGCCAACCGAUGGUACUCUCCUACUGGAACACAUGCCGAAUGGCAAGAAAUAUCUAGUCACAGCACUUUCAGUGUUCUUCUCAUUUGGAGCAGUUUUGUCCGCUGUCGUCGCGUUGUUGGUGGUACCUCAGAAUUCUUGUCCUCAAGGAGCGACCGAGUGCGAUGUGGAUACUCAGAAUAAGGGAUGGAAGUAUUUGUUAACAGCUCUUGGGUUAACCACACUAUCCAUGUUCCUCGCUCGGAUUGUGUUUUUCCGAUUACAUGAAUCGCCCCGAUACUUGGUUGGUGCUGGGAGACAUCAAGAAGCGUUGGAGUCUUUGCAACUGAUAUCACGGUUCAAUGGUUCUGACCUGUCUCUAGUGAUCGAAGACGUUCUAGAUGACCCGCCAAAGUCUCCUGCACCCAACAAGGCAAAACCGGAGGAAACGGAAACACCUGGUAUGACGAGGAGUACCAGUGGUGGGUCGGGAGGGUCAGAUGGAGUUGCUAAUUACUCGUCUACGCUGGAGACUGAUACGUCGUUGGGGUCUCAUUCGUUCGAGACACCGUCGAUGGAACAUCACGAGCCGGCGUUCGUGAUAGCAGCAGCAGCAGCAGAGCCAACGUCAAGGAUGUUGUCGUCCGCCGAUGCCGACGCCGAUGGUGGAAAGGAUCCACUCCCAGCUCCCACACCUAGACCUCGACCUCGAUUGAACCGCCAACGGCGAUUAAGCCGCCGAACAUCUUCGAUCUACGAGAGGAGAAUGUGCGCGGCACUCCCUCGGUGGCUGAGGAGACCAUUGUGGGCAUGGUGGGAUAGAGUGGUGAUGGUGCUCACGCCAGAAUGGCUGCGGACGACUGUUUUGGUUUGGGGCGUUUGGUUUUCGAUGUCAUUGGCCUAUACGAUGUUCAAUGUGUAUCUUCCCAAACUCUUGGAGACUUCAGCUCCGGCAUCUCGGUCUCGGGAUGAAGGAUCAAGCACGACGGAACAUAAGUCAUUGGAGGAAAGCUUAUGGGAUGUUGUGAUAUUCACGAUUGGUGGAUGCCCCGGAGCUAUCCUUGGAGCGUACAUGACAGAAUCGCCACUGGGUCGACGGUGGUCGUUGGCUGGUACCACGUUCUUGACCGCGUUCUUUUGCGUGGUGUUUAUCGAAGUGCAGACGAGCUGGGCAGUGAGGGCCAGUAGUGUUGGUAUAAGCUUGAGUGCUACAGCGAUGUAUGCGGUGCUAUAUGGAUGGACGCCGGAUAUUUUUGGGACGGAAGUACGCGGAACGGCGUGUGGUAUUGCGUCAGCUCUUUCACGAAUAGGAGGGAUGAUCGCACCGAUACUCGGGGGGAUGUUGUUGAUGAUGAAUCGAUCUAUACCCGUGUACACGAGCGUGAUCGUUUAUGUUCUUUCGGGGGUGGGAGUUCUGAUGUUGAAGGAGAGUGCUGGACAAGGGAUUAAAGGGAAGGCGAGUGUCGUACAUUAGGACUUGUAAAAUUAGAUGCUUGCUUUUGUGGCGGGUAACGCCGCAUGUUGUCGUUGAUUUGCGCCUUCGUUGUAAGUACUUACAUGUCGUGGCAUGAUGGAUCCGUGC